CCCUACUCCCCAGCCCAGGGUGUGCUCGGAGCGCGGCUUCAGUGCGGCCUGCUGGGGUCGGGUCCUAGCUGUCUCGCCUGCAGUAGGCUUGCGGGGCUGCAGCAGCUCGCCGUCUGCCCGGCGCUACGGAGCGCAGCCCAGAGCGCAGCCCUCGGGGAGGAAGAGGCUCCGGGGCCAGCGCGGAGCAGGAGGCAGGCUGGAGGAAACGAGGCGCGGAAGCCAUCGCCCCCACCUGUCUGCUGGCCUGAGGGGGCGGGAGCGGGCAGGAGGGGGCGGGAUUUGUCCCGCAGGACCCGCCCCCCCCCCAGACCCCCGGGCGCGCGACGAGAUAUAAGGCGGACGGGAAACAAUGCGCCUUCAUCUCGCGCUCCCGCGCCCGUCUCGGGAUCGUCCGCGCCGCCGUGCGCGAGCCAGGGGGGGAGCGCGCGCGCCGAGAGCGCGCUCUUGAGUCCGGGCCGCGCGCGCUCGGCGGCGCGCAUGUGCCUGUGUGCGGGCUGCCCGGCUGCCCCGAGCCGGCGGGGAGCCGGACCGCUCCAGGUGGCUGACGGCCUGGACGAGGGAGCGGACAUGGACUUCGACUCGUACCAGCACUAUUUCUACGACUAUGACUGCGGGGAGGAUUUCUACCGCUCCACGGCGCCCAGCGAGGACAUCUGGAAGAAAUUCGAGUUGGUGCCGUCGCCCCCCACGUCGCCGCCCUGGGGCUCAGGUCUCGGCGCCGGGGACCCAUUCCCCGGAAUUGGUCCCCCGGAGCCGUGGCCCGGAGGGGGUGCCGGGGAUGAGACGGAAUCCCGGGGCCAUUCGAAGGCUUGGGGCAGGAACUACGCCUCCAUCAUCCGUCGUGACUGCAUGUGGAGCGGCUUCUCCGCCCGGGAAAGACUGGAGAGAGCAGUGAGCGAUCGCCUGGCCGCCGGCGCGCCGCGGGGAAACCCGCCCAAGGCGCCCGCCGCCCCGGACUGCGCCCCCAGCCUCGAAGCCGGCAAUCCGGCGCCCGCUGCCCCCUGUCCGCUGGGCGAGCCCAAGACCCAGGCCUGCUCGGGGUCCGAAAGCCCUAGCGACUCGGAGGGUGAAGAAAUCGAUGUUGUGACAGUGGAGAAGAGACAGUCCCUUGAUGUACGGAAACCCGUCACCAUCACAGUGCGAGCAGACCCUUUGGACCCCUGCAUGAAGCACUUCCACAUCUCCAUCCAUCAGCAACAACACAACUAUGCUGCCCGUUUCCCUCCAGAAAACUGUUCCCAAGGAGGGGCUGUAGACAGAGGUUCCCAAGAAGAGCCUUUAGAGAGAGAUGCUCCAGAGGAAAAGGAAGAUGAGGCAGAUGAUGAGGUUGUGAGUCCCCCACCUGUAGAAAGUGAGCCUCUCCAGUCUUGCCACCCCAAACCUGUCAGCUCUGACACUGAGGAUGUGACCAAGAGAAAGAACCACAACUUCCUGGAGCGCAAAAGGCGGAAUGACCUCCGUUCACGGUUCUUAGCUCUGAGGGACCAGGUACCCACUCUGGCUAGCUGCUCCAAGGCCCCAAAAGUCGUGAUCCUGAGCAAGGCCUUGGAAUACUUGCAAUCCUUGGUAGGGGCUGAGAAGAGGAUGGUGACAGAGAAAAGGCAGCUCCGUUGCCGGCAGCAGCAGCUGCAGAAAAGAAUUGCAUACCUCAGUGGCUGCUAACUGACCAGAAGCCUGACUGCUCUGCUCUGACUUAACAAAGACCCAAGUUUAUUUUUUAACCUUUCCUCUCGUCCUUAGUAAUUUGCACAUUUUUGGUUAUGGUGAGACAGCCUGGACAGUAGAUCCCAGAAUGCAUUGCAGCCAGUGCACACACAAUAAGGGCUUUUGCAUUCUUGGAAACCCCGAAACCCAGCUCAGCCUCUUUCCUGACUCAUGGGAGCAUGGUAUCUUCUCUGACGCCUUUGGUUUCUCAGGCAGGCAGCUGCCUGAGGAGCACUUGUGUUUGCCUAGCUCACUCGCUCUGAAGAAAAGCCUGACAGAUGCUGUGCAACAGGUGGUAGACUUGUGGGGUGCUCCAGCCUGCAUGAAAUCUCACACUCUGGAUGAGCUUUAGGCUGCAAAGGAUGCUCCCAUUGGUGUCUCUGGGGUGAUGCUAGGACAGCUGGGCCUGAAUGCUCUCCCUGAGGCUCCUUUUUCCAGGAGACAUACGAGCUGUCUGGUGAAGACGAGCUCACAGACUUGAUCAACAUGGACCAUUACCUCACUGUCAGACACUUUACAGUAGCUGAGGAGUUGGAAACCUUUAAUAUAUAUAAAUAUAUAUACAUAUAUCUAUAAUAAUGUUAGAUAAUACCCCUCCUCCCACUCUCAAUGCUGUGACCUUGAGAACAUUUAAAGAGCCUGGCCUCCAGAUUCUUUGUCUCAGAGCCCCCCUGGGACCUUUCCUCUGAGAGAGAGAGGCCUUUCUGUCCUCACAAGGGACUUUUUUGUUUCCUUCUGCCUUUGUUAUUCAAUGGGCUCUACAGCACCCUUUCUCAUAGGUCAGAAAAUACUCCCCCAACACACAGGAAAGAGGGAAAAGGAUCCUGAUCAAUGAACUUGUUUCCUGUCCAGGUGUUUUCCAAGGCAGGUGUUAGGCACCUCCGGAAUGAGAACUGUACCAGUUCCUCUUUCCCACCUCCCUCUCAUCUCAAUCCCUGACUUUCUCUCUAGGACUUUUAAAGUUCUACCAGCACCAGGCAAACCUGUCUUUCUCAUACAACUCCAUGGAGCUUACUGGCUCUGCAGUCACUCUUAGGCCCCCUGCCAGCUUAAUAUGAGUCAGAUCCCUUUCCCAGAAUCUGAGCCUUAGUGAAGUUCUUACUAGGAGAGCUACUGGAACUCAUCCAGUGCUCCAGAAGGUGCACUAGCUCUAGAAGGAGCUCUGCUUGGUGGACCAUGAUGGAUUGCACCCUACCUAGCUAGACUUGGCACCUCCAAGUGGAUUCCAGGUGCAGCCUCCAGUCUGGGAAAGGCACCCAUCCCAACAGGUGUCAUGUGGGCAACUUCAGGCACCCCUAAGCCAGAGAAGGAUCAGCUCCUCCAGAACUCUGCCCAUGACAGCAGGUGCCUGCUGGCUGUGGGUUUGCAAAGGGGGGGUGUGGGUGGGAUUCAGCACUAUGAAUGACUCUGGAAAGUCAGCUGCUACUUCCAAGCCUAUUGUGCAUGAGGAUCUGUUUUGGAGGUUGUUUCCUGAUCUCAGAGAACCCCAGCGGAAGUUUGGAAAGAACCUGCCUACCUUCUAGAACAUGGUUUUCCCGAAACAACUGAUUUCAGGAACUGUCUUUGGAGAACAUAUGGGACAAAGGUUACUGAUGCUCACCUCAAUGGCUUGUGUUUUAUCAGCUGCUGCUGGAUAUUUAACUGGGAGCAGUCUUUUUUUUAUAUACUGUAUUUUUGUAUGCCUUUUGCAACGUGGUGUUGUUUUUGUAUAAGAAAAAAAGAAAACUCUUGAGCAAUU